AUGCCGCCUUUGCACACUUCGUCUGUUUUGCAAAAGUUGGGACAUAUAUCAGUGCCACUGGUAGCCGCGUCAGCAGGCAUGGCAGAGAUUGGUGACGAGGCUGAAGCAGCAAUGACGACGAGGACAAUUGCAGAGGAGAAACGCAUUAUUUGCGACUCGUGUGCUACGGGAUCAGAUAAUUCUGGAGCAUAUACUGUCGACUGGGCAACAAAAGCACUUGGAGAGCCACGUCAAACGCGAGAGCACAUCUUGCGCGAUCGUCCACUAUUCACAUGCCAACACAUCUACUUGCACGAAGUAUCCCACGAUAUCAGAGAUUUGGGUACGGAGAAGGGGAUAGAGGCACUAACGAAAGUCAUUCAAGAGUCUGACGCUUUCAAGAAGGUCGCCUUACUAGGACAAGCGAGGGAUUGUGAGAGAUAGAGGGGAGGAGGAAGAGAGAGUAGGUGCAGGAGUGGGAGAUGGAGGAAGGAAGGGGAGAUGAUGAUAGGUGGAGAGUGGAGAGUGGAGGAUAAGGAGGAAGUGUAUCAUAAAGUUGUACCCAACUCGAACGCCGAACAAACUAACUCGCGCACCGACGUAUCAUCUCAAACACGGACCCCUCGGCGAUCCGCGUUAUACCUACACCUUAUAUUUGUUACUAUAUCCCCUAACAUAGCUUAUUGGGCACUGCGCUUUAACUGUUUUUUUGUUUGUAGUGGUAUAGUAUA